ACGCGUCGUCGCGUUCCGCAACUUUACCUCUUCAACAACAACCUUCAAACCACCACGACAGAUCAAUUGAUACAGCCAAGCGAUCCUUUCUUAUAUUCUCGACAACCAAUAAACCGCAUAGUCCUCAAUUCAAAAUGCUAGCUCUCGGAUCCUCUCAAAAAUCCUCAGACGUUUUCGCCAACGGCAGCACACCAAACGUGCUGCCCUGCAAAAUCCAUCACGACGGCUCUGUGGACAUUUCGCAGCGGUACUGGAAACCAGUAGAGAGCGAGAAUGAUGACAGUCAUACCGCGUAUUUCCGUGGCCGGAAACUACGUGGUCGAACGGUCCAACUUCCAGAAGGUUAUCAAGGAGUUGUUGCAGUUCCAAGCGAUCGGGUGCUUCCUGCCACGAAAAAAGACGUCGAAGGUGAAGACACAGUGGCUAGUGAGCCAGUCAAGGUCCUGGAAACUCAGUCGACCUUUGACGAGUUUAUUGUUUGGGGGCAUGAGACAUUGCCAGCCGCGGACGAUGCGUUUGUGAAAGGUGUGGAAGAGUGGGUUAAAUUCGCAGAAGUUAUGCACGAUACAUCCGAGAGACCCGCUGAAAAGGGAAAAUGACCAUUCGACUAGCUAUAUGUUCAGGUUUAACAGCGGGUGUCCUUGAUUACUGAGGACAGUCCCAUAGCGAGCCGAAAAGGCAUCACUUGGAUCCAAUUAAAGGGAUCACAGAGAGCUAUUCGGUAUCUUAUAGGCUCAUUAAACUACAGGUGGUGUCUGGCGUAGUGGAAGCGUUAGUCAGGACAUUCCUCCUGUGGUGGCCACCCGAUGGUAGUACAAUUUACAUCGUGAAUAAGGAAGUUCCGUGCAGAAUCGGGUAUAGAUGCUUGCAGUCAUCUUCUAAACCCUACCUGUGUCAAUUGAUGUAUGCUAUCGUUGAACUUUAAAAGACAGAACGAAUCUUUGCAAGCACUUGUGAGGUUUAGCAUCGAGUGAAACUGUGUGGAAUAUUUGUGACUUCACAGACAGAUGGCACAUUAAUAGACAAGACCAUCUUAGACAUUACAUCUACAUAAAAUCUUAC